AUGUCGAUACCAAAAAAUUCCUCACGAAUGAAUAAAUUAGUAAAUGAAUUAGAAGAAAUUGUUGGAAAAAUAACUUUGGGUGGUGGAAAAGAAGUUAGAAAACGUCAUCUGGAUCGAAAAAAACUUUUGCCUCGUGAUAGGAUAAAUCGAUUACUGGAUAAUGGAUCACCAUUCCUAGAAUUUUCUCAACUUGCUGGUUAUAAAUUAUAUUCGGAUGAAAUUCCCGCUGGUGGAAUAGUUACUGGAAUUGGUCGUGUGUCAGGUGUAGAAUGUAUGAUUAUAGCCAAUGAUUCAACUGUUAAAGGAGGAACUUAUUAUCCAAUCACUGUUAAGAAACAUUUACGAGCACAAGAAAUCGCUCGUGAAAAUAGACUUCCAUCUAUAUAUUUAGUUGAUUCGGGAGGUGCUAAUCUUCCAAAUCAAGCAGAUGUAUUUCCGGAUCGUGAUCAUUUUGGACGCAUUUUUUAUAACCAGUCAACGAUGUCUGCCAAGGGAAUUCCUCAAAUAGCAGUAGUGAUGGGAUCAUGUACAGCAGGUGGUGCUUAUGUUCCUGCUAUGGCAGAUCAGAGCAUAAUUGUAGCAAAGCAAGGCACGAUUUUUUUGGCUGGUCCACCAUUAGUUAAAGCAGCAACUGGUGAAAUUGUUACAGCAGAAGAACUUGGAGGUCGAACAUCUGGUGUUACGGAUCAUUAUGCAAUAGAUGAUGAGGAUGCUCUUCGACUUGCAAGAAAUGUCCUCGAUUUAAGAAUACCUGAAGAACCUUUGUAUUCUCCUACAGAACUUGGUGGUAUUGUAGGUGAUAAUUUGCGUAAAUCAUUUGAUGUUAGAAACGUAAUUGCACGCAUUGUAGAUGGUAGUCGGUUUAAAGAAUUCAAAGAACUUUAUGGAACCACAUUAGUUACUGGAUUUGCUCAUAUUUAUGGUUACCCGGUAGGAAUUGUUGCAAAUAAUGGAAUUCUAUUUUCAGAAUCAGCUUUAAAGGGAACACACUUUAUAGAAAUUUGUGCACAAAGAGGUAUACCUCUUAUUUUUCUUCAAAACAUUACUGGAUUUAUGGUAGGUUCCUCAGCGGAAGCAGGUGGGAUUGCAAAGAAUGGAGCAAAAAUGGUUACUGCAGUAUCUUGUGCAAAAGUACCUAAACUUUCAAUGAUUAUUGGUGGUAGUUUUGGAGCUGGUAAUUAUGGAAUGUGUGGAAGAGCGUUUGGUCCUAGAUUUUUGUGGAUGUGGCCAAAUGCACGAAUAUCCGUUAUGGGAGGUGAACAAGCAGCAAAUGUUUUGGCACAAAUCAAACGAGAUGCAAAAGAAAAGAAAGGUGAAACGUGGUCAAUACAAGAUGAAGAAGAAUUUAAAACUCCAAUACGGGAAAGAUAUGAAUUAGAAGGACAUCCUUAUUUUUCAUCUGCUCGUCUAUGGGAUGACGGAAUUAUAAAUCCUGCUGAUUCCCGUAAAGUCCUUGGUUUGGCUUUAAGUGCUACUUUAAAUGCACCUAUUCAAAAAACACGUUUUGGUGUGUUUAGAAUGUAA